GGGUGGUGUUUCUCUGAGGUUGGAGCAGGCGUGACUAGAGGAUGCUGCCAGACAGCGAGUUGAUUAGUGUGGCUUUCCUGACGGACACUGAACGGGAGCUGAUCCUGGAGGUGCUCCGGCGGGAUGAAGAACUGAGGCAAGCAGAAGAGCAGCGUGUACGGAGACUGAAGUUGGAGCUGCUGGAAGCCAAGAAGAAAGGAGCCAAAUGCGGCAACAGGUACUACGACAAACGCAGCUGUGGACGUUGCCAGGAGCAGUUGAGCCCGCUGGGCGCUGGUUACUGCCAUGGCUGCAACCACCAAGUCUGCACCAAGUGCAGGGCUGUCAACACCAAUGGAUUCUGGGUGUGCAACGUCUGUGCCAUGGAAGCGGAUUUUAAGAAGAGCACCGGAGACUGGUUCUAUGACCAGAGGGUAAACCGUUUCUCGAGUUCUCCAGGACAUGGCAUAGUGCGAGCAUCCCUGAGGAAGAAACCUCUGUUGAAGAUGCAAGGAACUAGAAAGGUGCUCCUCCAGAGCUCAGAGAUGAUGCCCAGCAAAGCUGAACCUGUCCCUCAGGACAGAUUGAAGGAUCAGCUCAACUUCAAUGAGGGAACCUGUGCUUCGGAGCCAUCAAAGGCCUCUGAUCCUUCGGAUGGGAAGAUUGAGCAGCACAGCGAUGUUCGGAUGAAGGAUUUGGACGCAGGGCAUACUGGUCAAUCCGCCUCUGAUCAGGCCUCCAUAUUGGACAGAGUGAAUUCUUGCCCAGGGGACUUCUUUGAGGACAAAUGCCUCUUUAAACGUAGCACCAAAAGAGCACAGAAGCCUGUAGAAUACAGUAAGACCCCCUCAAUGUUGGGCCUGUGUGAGGAUAGCACUGAGGUCCUAGGAGGGUCCAUGGGGGACCACAGUAAGUCUGCAUCUGGCCUCAAUGGGCAGGAAGAAGAGGAGGAAGAGGACAUUGAUAAUCUGGUGAAGUUCCACAGAAACUCCAUUUCCAAGAGUUCAUUGGGUAGUAUGACAGGCAUGUACAGUGGGGCAGGGGAUUGCAUUGAAGUCAGUGGGGACAUUGUUUUCUCCCUGGCCUAUGACGAACGCACCCAGACCUUAUCAGUCCUCAUCAAGGAGUGCCGCAACCUGGCCUAUGGAGACGCCAUGAAGCAGUGCACCAGCCCGUAUGUCAAAUGUUACCUGCUACCAGGAAAGUCUCAACAUAACAAGAAAAAAACGUCAGUCAAGCGCAACACUGUAAACCCAGCCUACAAUGAGAAUCUCAAGUUUUCAAUCUGCCGUUCACAGGUGCUCAUGCGCACAUUGCUACUGUCUGUCUGGCACUAUGACCUCUUCGGCCAUAACAUGUUUCUAGGGGAGGUAGAGCUUCCAUUGGACUGCAAGGACUUGGACUCUCCCCAUGAGGAGUGCAUCGCACUGAGGGGAAAGGUCAUACCACAUGCACAGCUCUCAGCCUUACCUCAAUACAAGGGACAGCUGGUGGUUUCUCUGAAGUACGUCACUGCUGACAUGUCAUCUACAGACGGUGCAAAAGCCCUUUCUUUCCUGAAGAAGAAGAAGAGUAGCGAGGGGGAGCUGCACAUUCACAUCAAAGAGGCCAGAGACCUGACUCCAGUAAAAGCAGGAGGCGCGUUGGAUUCCUUCGUCAAAGGGUACCUGCUUCCGGUUAAAACCAGGGCUGCCAAGAAGAAAACCCCAGUGGUGAGGAUGACGCAGAACCCCCGUUAUGACCACACCUUCAUCUACAAGGACCUGAGGCUGGAGCAGCUGAAGAGCAUGAGCCUGGAGCUGACCGUAUGGGACCGUGAGACCAGCAACGACUUCCUUGGGGGCAUCCGGCUCCGCUCGGGGACAGAAGAGCAGUCAGGCUCCAAUGAGGAAGUGUGUCUGUGGCAGAAGAUGAUGCAGUAUCCUGACUCGUGGGCAGAGGGCACUCUCUCUCUGUGCUCCUCCAUGGACCACAGCAAUUGAGGAUAACUGCAUCACCCUGAAAGGGUUCCAAAAUGAGGGGUCCAUUCAUAAAUUAAUAAUACUUUUCUACAAGUUUCAGUUUUCUACAAACAUUUAAUGGUGUA